AUGCAACCCUUCACCUCCCACCCUGCAUCCUCUUCGGAGCGCCUACCGACAAAAAACAACCCCCCUUUACGGACAACUCAAGCGAGUCGAAAGAAGGUGUCACCUUGGUGGUGGGAAAUCGCAGCAUCGGCGUUGAGCAUAGCAUGCUUGGUGAUUUUGGUCGUGCUUCUGAAACAUGUUGACGGGAUGCCCUAUGCCGACUGGGCGUACAGAGUCUCUCCAAACGCCGUGCUAUCCGUUGUGGCAACCGCCAAUCGAGCCGCGCUGUUGUUUCCGGUGUGUACCUGUCUCAGCCAGCUCAAAUGGAAUCAAUAUCGCCACGAACAUCGACUCUACGACUUGUACGCCCUGGAUCAGGCCAGUCGGGGUAUCUGGGGCUCGUUCCAAAUGGUCGUGACCAGUCGCCCCAAUCUCGCUACUCUCGGUGCUGCGACCAUGGUUCUCUCGGCGGCCCUCGAUCCCUUGACUCAACAGAUCCUCGUCUUUCCCUCUCGCAUCAUCACUGCCACCAACGAAACGGCGUCUGCUCAAACCGCACAAGUUUACAGCCCUACGGAUCCAAACGAGGACGAUACCAUGAAUCUUGCCGUGCUGAGGAGUGUCUACGGGUCAGAUACCUCGGAGGAGCCGGUUUGCAGCACGGGGUCAUGCCAAUACCCCGACUUCGAUGCCCUGGGUGCAUGUAGCCAAUGCCGAGACGUCACCUCCGAGACGGAACAGAACUGCACUGCUCUUGCAUCCGAUACCGACGUCCUCGUGGCGUUUCAGAACUCAACACUUGCGGAUUCUGUGAUCAACUGCACCUACACCACACCAGGCGGCCUCCAACUCACUCCGGGUGUGGAAUCAGCCGCUGGAACCCCCGUGGGGAAUUCAUCGGGUGUGCUGUUCGUGAAAGACUCAUGGACGUUCGCUUCCACCAGCCUCAGCGAGCAGAUCCUUACCCAGUCCGCGGAACCGCUCUUAGCUGGAAUCCUCAACCCGGUCGUGGGACUUGCGGUCGCAAACUAUAGCUAUCCGUACACGGCCUAUGUCUAUUCCAACAUCAGCGUGCCGGAAACCAAGCCUCAAAUGACCGAGUGCGCGCUCUAUCUUUGUGCCCAGAGAUACGUAAACAACACCUACACCUCCGACGAGAAGACUCUGUCCCCGUCUCAGACCGAGCAGCUAUUUGUGAACGAAACCUUCUCGUUCUUUUUCGAAAAUUACCUGGCUCCUAUGAGCAAUGAAACCGAUAAGUUCGCGAUUAACGGCACGUACAUGAUUCAGGGCAACACUGUCCUCUCCAUCGUGAGCUCUUUCCAAACCACUGUGUCGCUCUCCAGCGAUAUUGAAUCCGGGUGGUCCUACGCCAUACAAUACGGGGCUGGUGCUGGCUCUGUCAUGGAUAGAGUGGCGGCGAGUAUUACCGAUAGUAUUCGGGAUGGGCCGAAUACCACUACCAUCCCCGGAGAGGCCUUCACCACCCAGACGUACAUAUCGGUGCGUUGGUACUGGAUUAUUGUUCCGAUCGCAGUCACCGUGAUGUCGCUGCUGUUCUUAAUCUUGAUCAUUUUGCAUACGGGCCAUGCCAGGGGGGUUGGUGUGUGGAAGUCGUCUGCGCUGGCGUUGCUGGCUUGCAAAUUGGAACAUGGCCCUGAUCAUCCCGAUCUCCAGACUAUGGAGGAGUCGGAAAUGGAAAUCAAGGCAAAGGAUAUGUAUGUCUCCUGGGACAUGGACAGCGCAGCCUUGGCUUUGACUGUGGGGCGUAUGAAAGCGUAGUCUCACCAGAGACUAUUCCCGGUGUCUUCACUAUUGGUUUAUACAUUCAAGGCUUUAGUGCUCAAUGCACCAACCAGUGUUGAACUAUUUGCAUGCCUACCGGAGACUAAUGCCCUUGGAUCAGCCACAAUGCAUUCGCCCA